AUGGAGGAACUGUUGAUGACUAUCGUAAAGGAAGCCACUGGCAGUAAGCAGCAAAACUUAAAACAAGCCGCACAAAUUGCACACGACAAACUUUUACGCCAACAUGGAAUUCACCGGGAUCCUUCGUACGAGCUUCGAUCGGUCUGUUUCACCGCACUGCAGAUGGCGCUGGAGACGAAACGGCCAAAAUUCGUCACGUACGGACUGAAUGGAUUGCAUCGCAUCAUCCGUGAUGAGCGAUUCUUCUUCGGUCUCGAGCCGGAGGACGAUUCACUGUGGCUACCGGCGCAGCUUCUUAGGGCCACCUCCGGAAUGUCAACCGUCGGAAAUGAGGACACCGUCGUAAAUGUUCUGCGUCUUUUCCUCUCGAUGGCCUGCUCGCCGACGUGCACCCUAAACGGACGGUUGCUCAUUGAACUGCUCUCGAAGUGCGGUGAAUGCUGGGAGAAUGGUUCACGCGCCGUUAAGGCAGCUUCGCUGGCUGCCGGCAGUCAGUGUCUGCGGGCGUUCUGCACCUUCCUGAAGGACGAAGCGGAAGACAUUCUGCGAACGGGUCCGGCAGGAAUUAUCAAUCUCGGCAUGGCGGCCGCCGUGUAUAACGAGGUCAUUCCGGUUAUGCAGUGGCUUUGCAGUAGACUGAUCGAACCGAGCACGGGCAGUCCGAAACGGACCGACUCGGUAGGGUCGCUCUACCUAAUGGAGUGUAUUUUGACACUGGUGACUUCGCUGCCUCCGGAUGUUCAUGCCAAUCCACACUUUACGGCUUUUCUGUGGCAAAAGUUUUGCCCUACACUGGCGGCUACUCUCGGAUCUCCCGGCCGAGUUAACAUGGACAAGAAGUUUACCUACAAAGACGCCAUCCAUCUAAUCGAAAGCGAACAUCGUGGCUUUUUCACCCGUCCGGGAUUGGACGGGCCGCAGGCCCGUUGCAUCUAUCUGACCAGUAUUCAGCUGUUGCGGAUUGCUGGAGCACAAGGAACGUUGCGUCCGAUGUUGGAGGCCCUCUUUCACCGGAUGCUUCUGCUACCCGCGCCGGCAAACCGUGCCGAGCCGCUGCGCUGCGUCCGGGAAAUCCUGAAGAGUCCGGAACGGUUGAUCGAUCUAUCCGUCAUUCUGUACCCGGACAAAUCCCAAGGACAGAGCUGCAGCGAUGAUAUGGCACUGUUCCGACUAAUAAUCGACGCCAUGGAGGAAUGUGCGACUUCGUCGCAGAGCGGCGGCACCUCCGUGGACAAUUCGAUGAACUCCAGCGUGGAAUGCAUUGUGGCACUGUUGGAAAGUUUGCAAAUCCUGUGCUCGGGACGUUUCGACGAAACGGUUAUCAGCGAUCGCAUCGCUGAUGCAAUCAACAACCGUUACUAUCACCUGCGAGAGGCCGACUAUACCGGUCCGUUGACGUACCAAUCGAUGGCCCGACUGCCGGCUCCCUACCGGGAUGCCGUGGCCGAGCUACGGCAGAGUGGUUUCGAAACCUCCUCCGAGUCGGAGGUCGAUGCCGAGCAGCAAAUCGACCCGGAAGGUGGUUCGCUGGGUUCCGGCGAUACGGAAGGACCGGAGGAUGAGGCACACUCUUCGAGUGAUGAUGUCUCCUCCAAAGCGGACGGAAACUGGCCCUGGGCACACUUGGAAGAACCUCCACACGUUCGUUCCGAUGUUGAUUGCGACCGACACCACGCUCGGGAAUUCGCCAAAGUAGUCUCCAAGGACCUAGUCCCAAAUCUACUGAAGCUGAAAGCUUCCGUAGAAGUCGAUGAAGCUAUUCAGGAGUUUGCGUCCAGCAUCUGUCAGCAAAACAGCAUGAACUACUCCGACUACGACUACAAUCUAACUGCGUUGAACGCCGAUGGCAUCUAUUUGGCCACCUAUUCGGCCCUGCUGCUGGCACUACAGCUAAUGAAAGCCGGUCACUACGAGGAAGGCCACGAACCGAUCCUAAUCCCGUUGUCGGAACAACAAUUCGUCACAUCCGUUCAAAAUGCCGGCGUUCUGGUAUACCUUAGCUCCGCCUGGCUUCGCGAACUGUACCAAUGCAUUCUGGCCACCAAUCCGUUAGCUUCGUUAAAAGCCAUCGAAAACACCGACGGCUCACACUGUGCUCUGGUGGACAUGCUGUACGAUGCCGGAGGCAUCGGUCCCACCCAGAUGCUGUCCGACUGGCAACGUCUCCAGUCGGUAGUUCGCGUUCAAAGCGAACCAAACGGCAAACAAUUAGCCGCCCGAAAGCUCGCCCGCAGGCUGCUGACCUGCUGCUGGGAUUCGAUGGUAACCGUACUGACCGCCGGGCUAGGAGAAGUCGACGAAUCACGCACGAAUCGACUGAUGAAACUGUCGAAGAAGACCCUGCGGGUCAAGAAGAAAACCCGCUGCUCCGGGGAAGCCCUAUACGCUCUCAGCCUAGAGGGACUUCACGCCGCAGCGACCUUGAGCAACGCGCUCAACUUACAACACUUGGCGGGUAAAAUCCUAAACCUAAUUGCGACCAAUGUAUGCCAGAAUUCCGGCCCGAAGAUACCGGCCAGUCAGGCACUGUCGAUGGAUGUGGUACUGUCCGGAGGUUUGGAACUGGGUUCGCACUCGGCAGACUGCUGGCUGCCGGUGUUUUCGGUUUGUCGACACGUAACUCAACUGGAGCACGAUUUGUUCAGCUCGCAGAAUGCCGCCAUGGGCGGCCCCUCUUCGAACGUUGGUAACAACGGAAAGGAUGCCGAUUCGCCAGCUAAAGCUGGCGGUCAAGUGGACAAACUGAACUUGUCCUCCUAUCCAAUCGAUGAAGACGAAACUUGUGUGGACGUGUACAGUUUCCUGCAAGCUCCGCUGCCGAACGCCAACGCCAACGUGGCAACCAUCCUGAAGGCAUACUCCGGCCAUGAGCCGGUCAAUCUCUCGCAACCGGACACGGCUAAGAUGCUGUGCGCGCUGUCCCACCAGGCGGACAACCUAUUUUCGGAUGCUGCCGAACGGCUUAGCCUGCCGGCGCUGCUGCACUUCCUGAAGAGCCUUUGCCGGGCUUCCCGCGAACAGCUGUACCGUAGCUCGUCCUCCAAGAAGGGCAAGAAAUCCUGGUGGUUGGGACGACCCUGGAAGGUGAAGAACGACUCGCUGCCGCUGUCGUUGCUGCUGCACCGGGUUGGCGAUGUUACACUGAAGGUGUUCCGCGGACCGAGACCGCUGUUGCACAUUUUGAAGGUUUGGGCCAUCACCGGACCGCAUCUGAUGGAUGCCGCCUGCCACAAGGACCGCACCAUCUCGAAGCGUGCGAUCGAGUACAUUCACGACAUCAUCACCGCCCUGUUGGUGGAACAAUCCGAACUGCCCCAUUUCCACUUCAACGAAGCGCUACUGAAACCGUUCGAAAACCUGCUCAGCAUGGAUUCGUGUGACGUCGACGUGCAGGAUCAGAUCGUCGGCUGUCUGUACGAGAUCGUCGAAGCGCACCGCACGGAGAUUCGCUCCGGUUGGCGCCCGCUUUUCGGUACGCUGCGAACCGCCCGCAACCGGCCCGUUCACCUGUCCAACAUCAUCGACAUCUUCCACGUGUUUCUCGAGACGGACAACACGCUGGUGUUCGCUAACGCCGGGCUGGAUUGUAUCCUGUGUUUGUUGUCCUACUUGGAGAUAUCCGGUAGUGGAGGUGGUGCGAAUGGGGUUGGGGCGAUUGCCGCCGAUGGCGGCGGUAGUGGCAGCUCUGCUGCCAAUGACGACAAUAACAUCCGAUCGAGUGAUUUUUUAUAUGAUGCUCUGAAAUUCCUCGAACGUUGCUCAUCGAUUCUUAGCUUUAUGUACAACAUGCCCCAAUGUCCGAAUUUGCAUUCGACCUAUAAGAUCAAGGGGAUUACCUACACUCACAUCAUCGAUGCUAACAUUCCGAAUUCGAUGGAGAAUUUUACCUACUUUGGGCAGGACUAUUUGCAGAGCAAUAAUGAGCAGUACAUGAUCAGCUAUCGGUCGCUGCAUAUCGAUAAGGAAACGAUUACGAAGAUUGAUGAGUUGGAUAAGCCCAGUGGGGUUUUGAAAGUUUGGUUUUUGCUGCUGGAUGGACUGACCAACUCGCUGAUUGUUUGUCCGAUUGCGCAUCAAUCGCCGAUUUUGCAGUCGAUUUUUAAACUGUUUAAAUCGUUGCUCGUCAAUCCGGGGAUUGAGUUUGGAUUUUACUGUAUCAAUCAUCUGCUGAUUCCGAUGAUACAGGACUGGUUGCGGUAUGUUAAUAAAGCGCAGAAAAAUUGGAGUUUGAUCGAGAAGAAUUUCAAACAUUGCUGUUGUAUGACGACCGAUUUGGUUGUGGAGUUCAUUGAGAAGUCACAAACGAUCGGUGGUCUGGAGGAUCGGGUGGUGAUCGGAAGUGAGCAAAGUUAUCAGUUUAAUCAGAAUCAGAAUCAUCAGAAAGAGUCGGUGAAGAAGAGUAAGCUAACUACGAUCGUACGGCCGGUGGAUAAUUUGAAGUACAGUAAGUUGAGGAAGGUGACGGUGGAGGAUCCGCCGACGGCGAAACAACAAGCUGCCGGUCUUGGUGGUGGUUAUUAUGGUGGUAAGAUGAAGGAUGAGGACAGUUGCAGUGCUACGAAGAUUCCGACGGCGGCCAUCCUGGCGCUGAAGCAGCUGCUGCUGGUGUUGAUCGAGUGUUCGGCCCAAUCGCAGGAGACGAUCGCCCGGGUCGGUGUCAGCUGUAUGAAGCACAUCAUCUUCUCGACGGGGCACAUCUUUAACGAGGACCAGUGGAUGGUGAUUACGUCGGCGAUCCAUCGGGCCAGCACGGUCACGAUGGCUCCACUGAGGCAGUUGAUCUUUGCGUUCAACGAGAAUUCGAAUAGUUUCUACGGGGAUUGUGCGAAUGUGAAGGUUGCUGCUAGAAGGGACAGCACGCUGGAGGAACUGCAGAGGGUGCACUCGCUAGCUCAGCAGGUGUUUUUGAUGGAUAAUCAGAGGGAUGUGUUGAGCUGUAGGAUCAAUGGCGGGACUGCUACCGCCGGUGGCGGUGGAUUGAAUGGGGCGAAUGGUGCGGGCACCAGCUCAGAUGAUCGAUCGUAUUCGUUCUUACUUUAUCCGCUGAAUUGUAACACGAACAUGACGCAGUCAUGCUCGGCUAAUGGAGGAGGCAUCAGUGCGUCGUUGCAGAGCAACGGGAUGAAUCUGGAUAGCUACAUAAUUAGAAUUCCGUAUCGUAACUUGAUCGUCGGUUUGUUGGCCAGUCAGAUGUUGCUGCAGCUGAUUGCCAAUAUUCUGCUGAACGGACUGACAAACGUUCCGAAUGAGUUGAACUCGUGCAUCUACAAUGGAGGCGACAGCAGCGGAAGUACCAGCAAGGCGCUGUUCCAGCUGGGCUACCGAAGCAAGGAGGUGUUGCUGCGAACGCUCAAGCAAUUCCUGAUCUGUUCGAUGGAUUUCGACACCCGGCCCGGGUUGAAGUUCUUGAUUCAGAAGGUAUCCAACAUAGAGAAUGCCGCAAAUCUGUACAAACAGAUGACAUCGUCGUGGAUCAUCAAUUUCAUGACGCUGGUCGACGUUUAUAUAAACAACAUUCGGGCGUACAAUUUGAACGAGGACGACAUCAAGUACAUUCUGGACUCGUGCAGUCAUAUGACCGCCGCCAGCCAGCAGUGGAAGAAGAACGAAAACUUCGUCCAUUAUCUGCUCGCUUUGCGAGACCUUUGGGAUCUCAUCUCCGAGCACUACAUCGACAAUUUGGAGGCCAAUGGGAACGAGGGGUCACCGAUAACGCACAUCGUCGAAAACAAGCUCGAAAAGUACGAACGAUUCGACGAUAAACUGGACAGUUCCGGGAGCGAUGAGGAUCCAGGAUCGAGCAGCCCGGAGGGUGACGGUGGCGGAGGCCAAAACGGUGCGGACGCGGAUUCUCCCUGUCGCCAGAGCAUGCAGGAGGACAUCGAUCCGGAGUCGCCAUCGAAGAGCGACGAGGAAAGCGUUUCGGUUUCGACCAUUGUCGGCAAUCAUCGGAUGAAUCCCUUCAACAUCGCAGCCAACCAGCAGCAACAUUUGCAACACCAGCAACAGCUGCAGCACCAGCAGCAGCAGCAACAGUCGAUCUCACCGGAGAUUGAACAGCAGCGAACCAACAGCAUACAGAAGGAUCUGAUUUGCAAGCGGUCAGCACUGAAGCAGCUGAUCGUGGCCUCGAUGGAACUGUUGAAACUGCUUCCGGAGGAACAGGCGGAAAUGCUGAACCUUUUGCUCACGCCAAGGAUUCGGGAAGCGUUCCGCGCCGUCCAGGAGCAAGGCGCAGGCGUCCUCGCGAUGGAAUAG